AGCCAGGCCAAUGGUGUUAUGAUCAUCAUAUCGUACUUAAUCUUACUCCUCUCAUUGAAGAUUCUUCAUAAGCUUGUAUAAUAAUAUCAGGUCAAAGUGUACAAUUUGUUUCAGGCGACUUGUCAUGGAUAGGUAUUGUGAAUAUUGUGUGAAUUUAAGAUCAGUCGUAUACUGUAAAGCGGAUGCAGCCUAUCUUUGUCUUCCAUGUGAUACCAAGGUUCACUCUGCCAAUCCUCUCUCAAAACGCCAUCAUCGUACCCUCAUUUGUGACACUUGCAGACGUCGGCCAUCCUAUGUCCGUUGUUAUGACCAUCAAAAGUUCAUGUGCCGCAGUUGUGACCUGAACCAACACAAUAAUGAUGCUCCUAAUUCUCAGCAUAGAAGAAGAGUCAUUAAUAGUUACAUGGGUAGCCCGUCGGCCCAAGAAUUAGGGGUUUUGUGGGGUUGUGACUCGAAUAGACUUCUUGAUGAUACUAAAAACAGCGGUACAGCUCCACCGACUAAGGAAAUUUAUGGGGGUAUGAAAGCGUGUUCUGUACUUCAACAACUUGUUGAAUUGUUAAGGGUUCAAACAAUUGAGUUGGAUAGUAGUAUAUCGUCUGUUAUACGUUGCCAAGAACACCAAGUGGAAAAUGCUCCACCUGAUCAAUUAUUACUUGGUGGGGAAUGUCUUGAUGAUCAGCAGGCCGACAUGAUCAGUCUGGAUUCAUCAUGCUUGUCGUCGUUCGUGCAAUUGGACCAUUUAGAAUUCGAAACCGAUGAAACUGACCUCCCACCAGGAGACUCCUUUUGGCAAUGCAACAGUUCGGUUCUGAGUGGCCAGCUAUGGUCUCAAAAUAUGCAAGAUCUUGGUGUAUGUGAAGAACCGUCUUGCUUCGAUGAUGUAAACAUGCCUGAUAUCGAUCUCACAUUCAGAAAUUUUGAAGAACUCUUCCGAAUCGAACAAGAACCAACAAGUAUUGAUCAGGAUACUUCCAUGGCAACCACUUCUAUCAGCAAAACCGAAUCAUGUACAAAGAAAGCCCGGCGUGCUUCUCCAGUAGUCAUGUUCUUCUCUCAGUCGAGAGGCCAAAGCAAUGGUACAGUAUCCAUUGGCAGUAGCAUUUCACCCUCAAGUGGUUCGAUGGAGCAUCAAGAGCCAUUGAAGUUAAAAGAAAAGAAUAACGUUCAAACGAAGGAUCCGAAACAAGGCCAAAGUGGUUUGAAAAAGGCUCGAUCAGACCCACGCAAAAGAUCAAUAAAAUCUCAAAUUUGGAGAUUUGAAAGCCAUGAACCUGUGACGAGAAGCUUUUGAAAGUCUAAUAAUUUCAACAUUUAUUUCAUUGUUUCUUGUAAAUCAUAGUCAACCGGAACUCCAACAUGACUGCAAGUCUACAAGUUUUAUUGUUUAGAUUCUAGUAAUGCCUAAGUCUACAAGGUAUGUUGUCACAUGUUUUCGAUGAGUAUAACACUAUAAAGAUUCAUUUACAAA